UUCACCAGAAAAAAUUUAGAGAGAGAGAAGAUUUAGAGAGAGAGAGAGCAAAGGCCUUAUCCCAACCUGCAACUUCAAACUCAUAAAUAAAACCUGGUUAGAAAAUAGAGUUAGAGAGAGAAACCUGCAACUUCAGUACUUAGUUGGUGGUUGUACCACCAAGUGAGACAGACAUGUCUUCCAAGAAAACCUUAGCUUCUGACGUGCCAUGGAGGGCUUCCGAGGAAAAACCCAUCCCCAAAAUCCACCAUCCUCCCAUCCUCCGCCUCCCCUCUAACCCCACCUCCAACUAUGCGCUUGCUGUAAUGAAGCACCCAGACCCCAUUGGAGACGGCCUAGCAACCGAGGCCUUUCUGGAAGCAGCAGGUCCCGAGUGCGUUAUACCAGGACAGGUUACGCCCAUAAGACUGCUUGGAUUGAAGGUAUGGCCUGUUGAGGUCAACUUGAAAUUUAUGGAACCGGUUUCACGAGAACUACGGUCAAUUGGAAAGUUCAUGGAUUCAGCAUUCAAUCUCAUGCAAGCAUCAUUCUCGGAUCGCUAGGUUGCUGAGUCCAAUAUGCCUUGAAUCAUGAAGCCGAACUGGUAUAUAGGCCAGGUUACAUAGAUCCACUUUAAACACUCAGCCUGCGCUAAUUCACCUAGUAAGGAUUUCCCUCCAAAACACGAAGACAACAAAGAAAAAUACAAGUUAGAUACCAGUUCAGCUUCGUGUUUCGGAGGAAAUCCUUACUAGGUGAAUUAGUGCAGGCUGAGAGUUUAAAGUGGAUCUAUGUAAUCUGGUUUUUUUUUUUUUCUUCAGUUAAAGAGGUUUUGCUGCUUGGAAGAGUUGUGUGGAUCUAGAGGGCUAGGCUGAUUUUGAGCUGAGACAUUGUGUAGUUCUUUUUGAUAUUUGGGGCAUAUGUAUGGAUAUAAAAACUUUGUGGUUGGUGAGUUCUUUAGAUUUUACGUUAAAUAAUGACCAUUUUUUGGUGGAUUUGGAGGACAUAAAUGCAUAGAAUCAGAGAUAAAUAUGGUGUGCUUA